GCGGCCCCUGUUGCCGCCGGACGCCGGGCGGUGGGAGCGCGGCGGCGGCGGCGGCGGCUAUGUGGGGCGGCGCGGCGGGCCGUGCCCUCGGCCUCAGCCGCGCCCUGGCGGGCCGGCGGGCGGCGGCCGCGGUGGCGCGGUGCUGGCGGGCGGCAGACAAUGACCAUGGUGAUCUGUCUUUUCAGACAGGCCCAAGGGGUACUCUUGAGAACACUACCUGGAAAAUACAGCUGAAAUCCCAUAUUACUCUGCCUGUCUCUCUAACUGAAAUAAAGAGCCUGUUCACCACGAAGAGACUUUUCAGCACUUCACGCUCAACAGUGGAUUCAAAGGAAAUGAAAAAAUUCCAACUCCUUGCACAUAAGUGGUGGGAUGAAGAAGGAGAAUAUUCAGCCCUUCAUUCUAUGAAUGAUAUUAGAGUGCCAUUUAUUAGAGAUACUCUGUUGAACAUGAGUAAUAAUCAUCAACUGGGAAACCCACUUUCUGGACUAAAGAUUCUAGAUGUUGGCUGUGGUGGUGGAUUGCUAAGUGAACCUCUAGGUAGGCUGGGAGCUUCAGUUACUGGAAUAGAUCCUCUGGAGGACAACAUUAGAACAGCAGAUCAGCACAAGUCAUUUGAUCCCAUCCUGGCCAAAAGAGUACAGUACAAGUCCAGUUCACUGGAGGAGAUUGUGGAAGAGUCUGCGGAAACCUUUGAUGUAAUUGUAGCUUCUGAAGUAGUGGAGCAUGUGGCUGACCUUGAAAUGUUUAUCAAGUGUUGCUAUCAGGUAUUAAAGCCUGAAGGUUCUUUAUUCAUUACUACAAUCAAUAAAACGCAGUUGUCCUAUGUCCUGGGAAUUGUGGUUGCAGAAAAAAUAAUAGGCAUUGUACCAGAAGGAACACAUGAGUGGGAGAAGUUUGUUCCCCCUGAAGAGCUACAGCGUCUCCUGGAAUCCAGUGGCUUUUCAGUGAAGGCUGUGAAUGGGAUGUUGUACAAUCCUCUCACGGGGUCAUGGAGCUGGACGGAGAGCACGAGCAUUAACUAUGCAAUGCACGCUGUGAAAUCUGGGGGUCAGGGACAGUCAAGCUACACAGACCCCUCGUCAGAGAUGCAACGUGAACAGCACUCUGCCACAGCUGGCACUAGCAUGUGACUGGGACAUGUGGUGACAGACUGCCACCAGGGACAGAAAAGAAGGUUUUAUGCAGAUGGACAUCAUAAAACCUUUUGUAACAAGUUUGCUGUUUGCAUGAGUAAUGCUUAUGCUAUUUUUGGACAGUUAUGUUAGGGCAGUCUCAGAAAGUGCCCAUUAUCUCAGGAAUCAUUUAAGACUGAGAUGAGUAAAGCUUUUGAAGAAUAAGUAUUUUUAUAAGAAAGUAGUUGCAAAUUUUCAGACAGGGAAAUGUAAAUUAUUCUGUCAAUAGCUUGGAGGAGGCUCUUCUGUGAUAGCUUUUUCGGUCCUACCAGGAAAACUCAGGUCUCCACAGAAUAAUAGCUUAAAUGUAGAAUGAGUUUUAAAAAUACAGUACUGCAUGGUAAAUAAAAUGCCUUAAAUAGUCAAGUUACUAAGUCAGUUAAAAAUAUAAAUCACUUAAAACCCCGCAGAAAAUGAUUGUUUCCAUAUUAUGCCUCCUCCAUGGGAAAAAAAGAAAGAGCGGCGAACCUUUUUUGACAGGUCAUGCUAUUUCUACAGUUGACGUGAGCUAGCUGUGCAAUGGAAGAAGAGUCUCCUAGACUAGAGUGUCUCUGCUAUCAGAAGUCUCUUCUCCAUAAAGGUACUGUGCCUGUAACUUCAACUUCCUCCCCCAUCCAAAUAAAAGGAAAUAAAGUUGCAAGUAAAAUCUUAUUAAGCAACUGUAUCUUUAUGCUAGAAAAAUGAUACAUUUGCAGUCUGUCCUAGAAUUGGAUUGCUAUGCCUACUCAGUCUUAAAGUCCUGAUUUCACGCAUGCUAAGGAAGAGUGCUGGUCUGCAUUGAAAUAGGACUUUCUAAAUAAAAUGAGUUGUGUGUGUC